GGGGCGGGGCGGCAGGUGCGGAGAUGCGGGCGGAGCGCGGGUAGCAGAGCCCCGCGUUCAGGGCGCCCCGUGUGGUGAGCGCGCGGCAUGUCGCAAGGGCCCCCGGCGGGCAGCGUCCUGCAGAGGAGUGUGACGGCGCCUGGGAACCAGCCGCAGAGCCCAGAGGAUGAUGACAGGAAGGUUCGAAGGAGAGAGAAAAACCGGGUUGCUGCUCAGAGAAGCCGGAAGAAGCAGACCCAGAAAGCUGACAGGCUCCAUGAGGAGCAUGAGUGCCUGGAGCAGGAGAAUGCCGUGCUGCGCAGGGAGAUUUCAAAGCUGAAGGAGGAGCUGCUGCAUCUGAGCGAGGCUCUGAAGGAGCAUGAGAAGAUGUGCCCGCUGCUGUGCCCUAUGAACUUUGUGCAGCUUCGGCCAGACCCUGUGGCCAGCUGUCUGCCACGAUGACAUCUUGGCUCGCUCCCCUUUUGUCCAGCUCAGAACCUUGGUUUGCACACCCAAGAGUUUCCCUGCACACCUGUGUCCAGAGGUACCUGUGGCUGUGCCCCUUCUAGGAGCUCUGGGGCCAGCCUGGGCUCAGCAUGUGCUCUGAGGGCAUCUGCCCUAGAGCAGUGGAUCCAGAAGGCCGCCCAUAGGGAGGCUGCCCUUUGGAGUCACUCCUCACCCCACUUUGGCAGCUAGCCGGUCCUGUCCUUAGGCAGGACCUUUCGUCUAGAAUUUGGAUAAUAAAGAUAGUUACCACGUU